AGGAGAGCAGCAAGAGGGUUCAGGGCUCACCAUGGGCCCUGCGCAGCUCUUGCUGCUCUUGCUGCUGCUCAGCAGUGAUGCUCUCACACAAGAAGAAACACCUGAAAGUGGAAACCUCGGCUGUUCAAAAGAUGCAACCAGAUUUAAACAUCUCAAGAAAUACGUUUACUCAUAUGAAGCAGAAACAUCAAAUGGAAUCACUGGAACAGCAGAUUCUCGGAGUGGUUCAAAGAUCACCUGCAAGGUUGAACUGGAGGUACCACAGCUAUGCCACUUCAUCCUGAGGACAAUGCAUUGCUCCCUGAGGGAGACAUUCGGAGUUGACGCUGAGGGAAGGGCCAUGCUAAAAAAGUCAAAGAACUCUGAGGACUUUGCAAAUGCUAUGUCCAAGCAUGAGCUAAAAUUUAGCAUUCAAGAUGGAAACACUGUCAAGCUCUAUCCCGAGAAGGAUGAACCUCUGAAUGUCCUGAAUCUCAAGAGAGGGAUCAUUUCAGCUCUCCUUGUGCCAACAGAAACAGUAGAAAAUGUAAAAACAAUAUCCAUGGACACUGUAUAUGGAAAGUGCGAUAGUGAAGUUGAAUUCAAAUCUAGGAAAGGAAAUGUUGCUGAAGAUAUUUCAAUUAACAGGGACCUGAAAGUCUGUGAAAACUUCAGUCCCAUCAGAGAUUAUGUCAGCCCCAUCGCCAUUGUAAAGGGACUGAACAUUCCAUUAUCUACCCUUCUGAGGAGCACACAGUUCUGUCAUUACAAUAUUGAUGCAAAGAAAAGGCAUAUAAGAGAUGCUGUCUGCAGUGAAAAACACCUGUUUUUGCCUUCCUCAUACAAAAAUCGCUACGGAGUGAUGACAGAAGUCAACCAGACAUUAAAGCUUGAAGAUACCCCUAAGAUCAAUAAUAGAAAUUUUGAUGGAGAUGAACUGGAAGAGAAAGGACUUGCACUGGAAAGUACAGAUGCAAAAUUUCCCAAGCAAGAGGAUAGUGUUCUGAAAGCUCUUCAGGAACUGCAAAAACUUUCAGCCUCCCAGCAGAACCAGCAGAGAGCAAGACUCUUUUACAAGUUCGUUUCUGGACUUAGAAGUUUACACAAUGCCAGUCUUGGCUCUCUUGUACCAAAGAUGAUGGAGACUUCCAGUUCCCUCACAGUCCAGGCCCUGACUCAGUGCGGGACUCCAGAGUGCUACAGUGCUGUCCUCCAGAUACUGAGAACGGGCGAUGUGAAUCCAUUUGUGACAGACCUGGUCACAUACACCCUGGGACUGCUGCCUUCUCCAUCUGCUGAAAGAAUACGGGAAAUUCUUAACAUGGCCCAAUAUCGGCCAAGUAGAGCUUCGUUUUAUGGCUUGAGUCACUCUGUUAAUAAGUUCUACAACGAGAAGCUAACUGUGACAGAAGAAAUAACAGAUGUUGCAGACUUCAUGAUAUCACUCCUUGGCACUGAAUGCUCUGGGGAUGAAGAGCUCACUUAUCUCACACUCAGGGCUAUUGGAAACAUGGGCACAGUAAUGGAAAAAGCUAAACCCAACCUGAAAUCUUUACUUAAGACAUGUAUCAGAAAUGAAGCUGCAUCACCUUCAGUUCAAAAAGCAGCCAUCCAGGCGUUCAGAAAAAUGACUAUCACAGAGGAGGACCGUGCAGCUCUUCUGAAAGUAUUCAAUGAAGGGGAUGCACAUGCUGACAAACGUCUGGCAGCUUAUCUCAUACUGAUGAAAAAUCCUUCUCCAAGUGAUCUCACCAAGGUUGUAAGAGUCCUGACAAAGGAGAGAAAUGAACAAGUGAAAAGCUUUGUUGCCUCACAUAUUGCCAACAUCUUAAACUCUGAAGAAGCAGGCAUUGAAGAUCUGAAAAGCAGAGUAGAAGAAGCCCUGAAAGGAAACGAGAUUCCAACAGCCAAGGAUUUCAGAAAAUUCUCACAAAAUUAUCAGAUUUCCAAAAGAGUUUCUCUACCUGGACUUGAUCCCAUCUCUGCCAAAGUAGAAGGAAAUGUGAUAUUUGAGCCAAACACUUAUGUUCCUAGGGAGACUAUGUUAAAAACCACCCUGAGUCUGUAUGGAUUUCACCCAAGUGAUAUCUUUGAGCUUGGCUUGGAUGGAAAGGAUUUUGAACCAACACUGGACGCUUUUUUCGGAGAGAAGGGAUUUUUCCCAGACACUGCAAGCAAAGCUUUGUACUGGGUUGACGGCAGAGUUCCAGAAAAAGUUUCCAAGGCACUCUUUGACUAUUUUGGUUAUUCCCAGGAUGGCAGACAGGAACAGGAUAUGAUGAACGCAAUAAUCCUUAACCUUGAAAAACUCAUAAAAGAAUUGGGCAACAAGAAAGUUCCUCAAGGAAGGGCAUAUCUGCGAAUCUUGGGAGAAGAACUUGGAUACAUGAAACUCAAUGAUUUCAAAUUGCUGGGAAGCAUGAUUUUGAAGAGCAUUAACACUGUUCAGGGUAUUCCAGAAAUGAUUGCACAAGCCAUCUCAAAAGGUGCUGACAGGGACUUAUUUGUGCACUACAUGUUUAUGGACAAUGAGUUUGAGCUCCCAACUGGAGCAGGUUUGCAGCUGAAGUUUGCUUUGUCUGGAAUAGCGACACCUGGGGCCAAAGUAGCUGUGAAGCUUCAUCAAAAGAGCAUGCAAGCAGAACUCAUUGCUAAACCUUCUGUAGCAAUAGAGUUUGUAACACACCUGGGAAUAAACAUGCCUGAAUUUGCUAGAAGUGGUGUGGAGAUGAAUUCCAACAUAUUCCAUGAGUCUGGAAUUGAAGCACAUGUUAGCAUGAAAGCUGGGCAGCUGCAGCUCAGCAUCAAAACUCCUAAGCAUCAGGUAAUGAAAAAUGCCAAGCCUCUCAACACACUACAUUUGGUGUCUCCAACAAAAACUGAAGAGAUUCCACCUCUGAUUGAGAACAGAGAAUCAUGGACUUCUUGCAAGCCUUUCAUUACUGGUCUAAAUUUCUGCACCAAUGUAUUGUACUCCAAUGCCAGUGUCACUGAGUCAGCUCCAUAUUACCCCCUGACCGGAGAAACCAAAUUUGAAGUUGAAAUAGUUUCCACAGGUGAAGUGAAGCAAUACUCUGCAAGCGCUAACUAUGACCUGCAGAGAGAGGGAAACGACCUGGUAGACACCUUAAAGUUUGCUCUCCAGGCAGAAGGUGUAAAGCAGCAUGAGGCCACAUUGACCUUCAGGUACAACAGGCACAGGAGAAUUUUGACCAGUGAUGUCCGUGUUCCAGAUAUUGAUGUUGACUUUGGUACAAACUUCAGAAUUACUGAUGAAUCUGUUUCUGGGAAGAAAGCAUAUACCUUAAUCUUAGAUUUGCUAAACAAGAGGGUACCUGAAGCUACUCUUACUGGACAAAUAAGAUAUGCUGGAAUGGAAGAGGCAAUGCUAAGAGGCACCCUUUCUAUUCCUCGCCUGCAAACCGAACUUAGAACUGAAGCACUGGUUAAUUACUCACCGACCAAAGGAUAUCUUCAGAUGAGCUCAGCUGCAUCAUCUCAUGGGAACUCGGUUUCAGGAAGAGUUGUUUUCAGAUAUGAUUCUGAGAAAGUUGAACUGGAGUGGAAUUCGGGAACAAACGCCGCUGUGAAGAAAAUGUCUUCUGCUUUCACAGUUAAUCUUUCAGACUACCCGAAAACCUUGCAGAAGCAUGCUAAUGAACUGCUGGAUCAGAAAGUAGCUCAUACAGAUAUGACGCUGCGACAUAUUGUGUCACAAUUCAUCGUGGCAGCAAACACCUGGCUGCAAAAGGCAUCAAAAGAUGUCCCCUAUGCUCAGACUCUACAAGACAAACUAAGUGGACUACAGGACCUGAACAUCCAGAAAAUGAACCUGCCUGUUAUCACCAUUCCUGAAGAACUUUUCCUGAAAAGUGAUGGCCGGAUCAGAUACACUUGGGAUAAGAGUAGUUUUCUGAUUAAUAUCCCAUUGCCAUUUGGUGGAAGAUCCUCCCGUGACAUAAAGAUACCACAAAGCGUUAAAACACCUCCUCUGGUAAUGGAGUCAAUGGGAAUAAACGUACCAUCACAAGAAUAUAGAAUCCCACCAUUUACUGUUCCAGAAUACUAUCCACUUCAUGUGCCUUUACUUGGCACGUUAGAAGUCUCUAGCAAUAUGUACAGCAACUAUUACAACUGGACAGCAGCAUACACUUUGGCUGAGAGCAUCACAGAGAAAACAGCCAGCGCAAGAACUACUUAUGCCAUGAAUGCCGAUUCGGUUUUUGAGCUGCUUUCUUACAAUGUGAAAGGUUCUGGAGAAGUAUCUUAUAAUAGGAAUGGCUAUAUUUGUGCAUAUGAAAAUCAUCUGAAACACAGACUCUUAACAUCAGUUUUUAAGAUGGCCAGGACAAAGAUCUAUGAACCUAGUCCCACUGGAAACUGCACGGUAUCACUUAUGGCAUCAAGCACUCUGGGUCCACAGCUUUCAUUUUCAACUGAUAUUGUUUCUGAGAAGACAAAUAAUGUGAAUAUCAAUAAUGUCAAGAUGGAAGGCCAGCUAGAAGUGGCUUCUGUCUUUGCAAGAAGUAUUUACACUCUGUCAAGCUCGUACAAUGAAAAGAGACGGGUUUUAGAAGGGAAAUCAAAUCUGAAGUUGGAUUCUUCUUACCUUCAGGCUACCAAUCAGGUAUCUGGCAGAUAUAGUGAUGGUGUAUUUUCCAUUACUUCUGCCUCUGAUGUACAAAGUGGACUACUAAAGAACACAGCUUCACUAAGAUAUGAAAACAGUCAGCUGAAAAUGACAUCUGAAACAAAUGGGAGAUAUCGACAACUUGCAGGUGUCAAUAAGCUUGAGUUAAUUUUGUCAAGGAAGACAGCGGCUCUUCGGUCAGAAAACCAAGCCACUUACAAGCAAACCCAAUAUUAUGCCUUGUUUGCAGGUUCUCUCAAUUCCCAGGAUCUGGUUUUCAACACUGAUAUUUCAAUGACUGAUCAAAGGAAUCGAGCUGCCCAUAAGUCAUCUCUCAAUAUUAAUCAGUAUGGUCUAGCCAGCAGUGCAACCACAAAUGUGCAAUUUAGUCCACUGACAAUGCAGAGUGAAGUGAAUGCCAAACUUGAUACUUCUGGAGGUUCCAUGUCACUAUCCUCUUCUGGACGCUAUGGUAAAAACAAUGCAAAAUUCAAUCUAGGUGGAAGAGUGAGCUUAAUGGAAAUAACGCUGGGAAGUGAAUACCAGAGUACCAUUCUAGGUAUGGACAACAAACAUGUUUUGAACUUCAGAAUUAAUUCAGAAGGACUCAAGUUUUCUAAUAACUUGCAAGGAUCAUUUAAAGAAAUCAAGCUGGAGUACACAAAUGACUUGAAUAUACCUGGCUUAUCCUUAACAUAUGCUUCAAAAUUAGACAACAGCUUCAGUUCUGACAAGUUCCACAAGCAUGUUUUUGAACUUCAACUGCAGCCUUGGUCACUUACAGCUAAGUUGAACAAUAAUAUUAAAUACACUAGAACCGACCUUAUCAACAAAGCAGAAUUGCUCCUUGAGCCUCUGAAGCUGAAUUUGGGUGGCAAUGUGAGAGGAGCCUAUGGAGCAGAUGAAAUAAGGCAUACCUACACCAUUACAUAUGCUGAUCUAGCUGCAAACUUUAAAACAGAUACAAUUGCAAAUGUUCAAGGUGCAGCAGUGAGUCACAGAGUUAAUCUGAAUGUGGCAGGACUUGCUUCCUCAAUUACCAUCAACACAAACUGUGAUUCCAAAUCUCUCCGAUUCAGCAAUGCUGUACGUUCCACCAUGGCCCCAUUUACUAUCACUGCUGAUGUACAUACCAAUGGUAAUGGAAAGCUGAUUGCUAUGGGUGAACACACUGGAGACCUUUACAGCAAAUUUCUGUUCAAAGCAGAGCCUCUUGCUUUCACUUUCUCUCAUGAUUACAGAGGAUCUACCAGUCAUAACUUGAAGUCGAGAGCAAGGUACACUACACUGCUCGAUAAUAAAGUCCAUGUGCUUUUUACUCCAUCAGAGCAGUCAAGUGCUUGGAAACUGAAAAGUCAGCUGAACAAUAACGUAUAUUCGCAAGAUCUCAGUGCUUACAACGAUGCAGAAAAGACUGGUAUGGAACUUAGUGGAAGAGCUUUGGCAGAUCUCUCUGCAAUGGAUUCGUCAAUCACACUGCCAUUCACUUCUGAAGCAAUUAAUGUAAUUGAUGUGUUAGGCCUCAGGGGCAGUUUGUCAGAGCCUCAAGAAUUCAGUAUCUCUGGCUCUGUGAAGUAUGACAAAAAUAGAGACAUGCAUGUUAUCAACCUGCCAUUCUUGGAACACUUGCCAGUUUACUUUGAACAAGUCAGAGGCGCCAUUCUAUCCACACUGCAGGCCAUACAACGCUACUUGAGAAACAUUAACAUAGAUCAACAUAUUAGAAAAUACAGGGCAACUUUGGAUAAUCUCCCACAGCAUGUCAAUGACUACAUAGACAAACUGGAUAUGAAGGGCAGGGUUAGCAGCAUGAAAAGUAAUCUGAUUGCUUUCACAAAGGACUACAGCGUAACAGCUGAUGAUCUCCAAAUUAUACUGGAAAAAGUCCUGGUCAAUAUUCAAGAAAUACUGUUUCAACUGCAGGACUAUCUGAUACAAAUUGAGCAAUACAUCAAAGAUAAUUAUGAGCAGUAUGACCUCAAAGUACUUAUUGGACAGCUUCUUGACCAAAUAGUUGAAAAACUGAUAGCUCUGGAUAGCAAGUAUAAGAUAAGAAUGACUGUAGUUGAUACUAUUCAGAAAUUACAAAAUUUUUUUCAACAAUAUAACCCUAGUGAAAUUGGAAGCAGCACUUUGGCUUGGAUUAAAAAUGUAGAUGAAAAGUACAAGAUCAGAGCUUGGAUACAGGACAACCUGGAAAAACUGAAGAUUCAAAUUCAGAAUAUUGAUGUCAGACGUAGCGUUGAAAACUUGAAACAAAAGAUUAAAAUGAUUGAUGUUAAAAAAGUUUUUGAAAAACUGAAGCGCUCUUUACCAGUGAAAAAACUGAAUGAAAUUCUUGAACAAAUCAAAGACUUUAUUCUAAACUGGAUGGAGGAGUAUGAAGUGUUUGAGAAGAUCAGUGUUUUCCGAGGUCACAUGCGCAAACUGAUUGUAAAAUAUGAAAUUGAUAAGCAAGUAUAUUUUUUAAUGGACAGGAUGGUAGAAUUGCUUAACCAGUACAAAAUAAAAGACACUGUCCAGAAGCUAAUCUCAUACCUGAAAAAAAUUGAUAUGAAGUCAUGCUUUGAUAAAAUUGUUACUUUUAUUGAUAAUGCUGUCAAGAAAGUGCAAACAUUUGAUUAUGAAAUGAUGAUAAACGAAAUCAACAAGUUCCUUGACAGGAUUAUAAAAAGUCUCAUAUCUUUUGACUAUAACCAGUUUGUUGAUGACACAAAUAACAAAAUCCGAGAACUGACACAGAAAGUAAAUGAGGAACUCAGAAAUCUAGAACUUCCACAGAAAGCCGAAGCACUGAAACAGUAUAUGAGAGAUGUUAGUGCCGUGCUUUCAAGAUAUAUAGAACAACUCAGGGACACCAAGCUUGCUGCAAUAAUUAACUGGUUCAAGGACCUCAUAAACUCAACAACAUUUGCUAAUAUAAAAGCCAAGAUAAAUGAACACCUGGAAGAUCUGCGAGAGAGGAUUUCUGAAAUGGAUAUUUCCAAGGAAUUUCAGUGGUAUCUUCAGAAGAUAAGCCAGUUCUACAAUUCUGUUGUCAUAUACAUUUCUGACCAGUGGAAUAUUGCUUUUAAGAAGAUUGUUGCUUUGGCUGAAGAGUAUGAUAUCAAAAAUUGGGCUGAAAAUUUAAACCAGUUUGUUGAGUCAGGAUUUAAAGUCCCUGAAAUCAGAACUGCUGUAAUCACUAUACCGGCCUUUGAGGUUAGUCUCCGAGCCCUGCGGGAAGCAACGUUUCAAACACCAGAUUUCUUUGUCCCACUGACUGAUCUGCAUAUCCCCUCCUAUGAGAUCAACAUUAAGAAACUAAAGGACAUAAAAAUCCCGAUGAGAUUUACUACCCCAGCAUUUACUAUCCUAAAUACGUUUAAAGUUCCUUCCUAUACAAUUGACCUGAAUGAGAUUAAACUUCAGGUUGUUCGGAUAAUAGACCAACUCAUGUCUGGUGAAUUUCAGUUGCCAGCAACUGAUGUGUAUUUUAAAGAUCUAAAGAUGAGAGAUAUGCCUUUUCCUGCCAUUUCUUUUUCAGAACUACGAAUGCCUCAGUUUGAAAUACCAGAAUUGUUGGUCCCUAAGCUAAAUUUAAAUGAGUUCCAGAUUCCUGACAUGAAGAUACCAGAGUUCCAACUUCCACGUAUCCCACAUACUGCAAGUAUCCCUACCUUUGGCAAGUUGUCUGGUACUUUCAGGGUUGCCUCUCCAUUCUUUACACUGUCCACACAAGCUGAAUUUCAUAACACUACAACUUCUGCAAGCAAUCCAGAAUUUGUCACGUCUGUUUCAACUCAGACAACAUCUAAAUUAGAUUUUCUAGUUUUUAGUGUUAUUGCAGACUCACGUGUCUCAGCCCCUGAGAUGAAGCAGCUGAACCUUAAAAAUUCCAUGAAGGUCAACCACAGAUUCCUUAAAGUUGAUCACACCAAUCAAGUGAAAUUUUUAGGGACUUCCGUAGAAGGUGAAGCUGAAACAAGAGCAAACCUAUAUACAACAAAAAAUUCAAUUGAAGUGCAGAAUAAUUUAAUAGUCAAGCUGCAAAGAAAAAUUUGGGUACAGAGUGGAACGACAUAUUCCCACAGACUGAAUAUUCCACAAGCUGCUUUCUCCAGUCAGGCUGAUCUGGUCAAUAACAUGACAACAGAGGUAGAAGCUGGACACAUAUCAUUUACCUCCACUGGUAAAGGAAACUGGAAGUGGGCUUAUCCUAAUUUCUCCGAUGAAGGGACUCAUGAUUCACGCGCAACUUUCAGGGUUGAAGGCCCCAUUAUUGUAUUUUCUGCUGACAACAGAAUAAAUGAUAAGUACUUGAAAGUCAACCAAGCUAUGAAAUAUGAAUGUGGUUUCCUAAAUUAUGCAACACUUCAGAUUCAGUCUGAAGUCGAGUUACAGCCUGUGGGACGCAGUGUUCUGAACUUAAAAGGCACAGGACAGCUUGGAGGCAUGAAGGUAGAGUUAACAGGCUCGCACAAUGCUCGCCUUAAUGGACGGAUUACUGGGACUGUGAAUAAUGAGAUUUCCUUCCUGGCCCACCCUUUUGAAAUUCGUCUAUUAACAAACAAUGAUGGAAAUGUGAAAAUCAGCUUCCCGAUGAAACUGACUGGCAAAAUUGACUUCCUGAAUAACUACGGUCUUGCGCUCAGUUCCUCUAUUCAGCAGGUCAGCUGGCAAGCCACUGGCAGGUUCAAUCAGUACAGAUACUCCCAUAACAUGUCUGCAGCCAAUAAUGAUGACAGAAUUGAAGCGCACGUUGAAAUGAGUGGAGAUGCCAAUCUAGAUUUCUUAAAUAUUCCUCUAAGCAUUCCUCAGCUUCAAGUUCCCUAUACGCGAAUCAAAACUCCUCAACUAAAAGAUUAUUCCCUGUGGGAACAGAUGGGUCUGAAAGAAUUACUGAAGACUACAAGACAAUCAUUUGAUUUAAAUUUGAAUGCUCAAUAUGAAAAAAACAAAGACAUGCACGUGAUCCCACUUCCUUUGGCUACAGUACAUGAAGUACUUAAUAAAUAUAUCACUUUCUUCAACAAGCAUUUUGAGAAGGGAAGAAACGCUGCUUUAGAUUUUCUCACAAAAUCAUAUAAUGAAGCCAAAACAAAACUUGACAAGUACAAAGUACAGACUUCACUGAACAAACUACCUCGGGUCUUCAGAAUUCCAGGAUACACCAUUCCCAUUGUGAAUAUUGAGGUUUCUCCUUUUACUGCUGAGAUGCCAGCCUUUGGUUACAUGCUCCCCAAAGAAAUAAGCACAACAGGAUUCACAGUCCCGCUUAUUGGCUUUUCAGUACCAUCUUACACGCUGGUCUUACCUUCUCUGGAGCUUCCAGUUCUUCAUGUCCCACAAGAUCUACGCACUCUUAAGCUUCCUAGAUUCAGAAUCAACAGCCCAUCAAAUCACAUCUUAAUUUCUGCCAUGGGGAACAUUACUUAUGACUUCUCAUUUAAAUCCAGUGUGAUCACUUUGACUGCAAAUGCUGGGCUGUUCAAUCAGUCAGAUAUCGCUGGGCGACUCAGUGUCUCGUCUUCUUCAGUGAUUGAUGCCUUGCAGUUUAAGCUUGAUGGUUCAACGAGUUUGACAAGAAAAAGGGGUUUGAAGCUGGCCACAGCGCUGUCCCUGAGUAAUAACAAAUUUCUAGGAGGAAAUCAUGACAGCACUAUUAGUCUCACAAGGAGGAAUAUGGAAGCUUCAUUGGCAACAAAUGCCGAUAUCAACACACCCAUUUUAAAAAUGAAUUUUAGCCAAGAGCUUUCUGGAAAUACGAAGUCCAAACCCACUCUUUCAUCAGGGUUAAAACUGACAUAUGAUUUUAAUACUACUGAAUACAGAACCAGAGCUAAAGGAGGAAUUGCUCAUAAAUUUGCUUUAGAAAGCCUUACAUCUUACAUAUCAGUAGAAACAUCAACAAAGGGGAAUAUUGAUGGAGAAUUCUUCACUGGAAACUCAUUUUCUGGAAAUGUAGACCAUGAAGCAAACACCUAUCUGAAUGCUAAUGGAGCUCGGUCAUCUCUCAAACUUGAGGCCAGCUCCAAAGUAGAUGGACUCUGGAACAAUGAAAUGAAAGAAAUUCUUGCAAUUGAAGCAUCUCCCCGUCGUAUUUAUGCAGUCUGGGAGCACAGUGGGAAAAACUAUGUACGAUAUGCACCUCCUAUCACAACUUCAGGGACUCAGAAAUGCAAAGCAACCUUCGAACUUGCUCCUUGGACUAUGUCAGCAGAUCUUCAGAUACAAGCUACUCAGCCAAAUUCCUUCCUGGACAUAGCUUCAGUUAAUCAAGUUAUCCUAAUGAAAAUCAAUACUGAAAACCAGAAAGUUGGCUGGAAAGGUGAAGGCCAUAUUCAGUCAUUAUCUCUCAGUCAUGAUAUGCAAUUAUCAAAUGAAAAAUCAAAAGCAAGAUUUGAUGUCUCUGGGUCUUUGGAAGGAUACGUAGACUUCCUCAAGUACUGGAAGUGUCCCAUUUCUGAGAAGAGCUUAUGGGAUAUCUUGAAGUUGGAUGUUACUACCAGUGCUGACAGAAAACAGUUCUUAAAUGCUUCAGCAUCCCUGGUGUACACAAAGAGUCAAGAUGGCUACUUUAUCCCCAUACCUGUGAAUAAGCUUACAGAUGGCAUUUCUUUCAGUAUUCCUGAGAUAAACCUAAAUUCUCUAAGUCCUGUCCUCAGCACUCCAGAAUUUAGAGUACCUUUCACCACUCUCGAGGUCCCAUCAUAUACUGUUGACUUGCGCAACAUAAAAAUUCCACAGACACUGAGUACAAUGCCAUUUGAUGUGAAUUUGCCCACGCUGCCAAGAGUAAGAUUCCCCAAAGUGAAUGUAGGAGCCAAUUACAUUACAAUAGAAGAGUACAAAUUACCCUAUUUUGAACUGACAAUACCUGAAUACCAAAUAACUGUGUCUCAGUUCACUCUUCCAAAGAAUAUUUCUGUCGGCAAUCUACAUGUAAAUCUGGAUGAAGUAGCUAAUAAGAUUGCAGAUUUUGAUCUGCCUACAAUUACAAUUCCUGAACAGAAAAUUGAGAUCCCCCCUCUCAAAAUGUCCUUGCCUGCUGGAAUCUAUAUCCCAUCAUUUGGUGCUUUAACUGGAUCUUUCAAAGUUGCUUCACCAUUGUACAAUGUCACCUGGAAAACAGACUUAAGAAAUAAAACAAACUCCUUUCAGGAGUCCAUUGACUCUACCUGCAGCUCAACAUUACAGUUCCUGGAAUAUGACUUGAGUGUCAUCACAAACUACAAAUAUGAAGGAGAAAUGUUUGUUAUGAAGACAGUUGGCAGCUUUUCACAUCGUGACAUGAGUGCAACCUACAAGGAAGAAUUCACUGCUCGGGGAAUUAGAAUUGUGAACAGCACUGGAUCACUAGACAUCACCAGCCCAACAUUUACCGAUGUUCACAUACGUUACAAAGGCAUUGACAGCAUGGCAGCUGCCUCCAUAUCUUCACCCUCUGCUGGGGCCUUGGGCUAUCUCCUGGAAACAGACACUGACACUCUGAAGGCAAAAAUUUACUACCGAACUCGGUCUGCUCCUCAGAAGGACAUUGACAUAUUAAAAAGUGAGAUAUCCUUCAAGAAACCUGACCUGAUUCAAAUGAAAUUAAAUUGGAAAGAGGAUGCUGCCAAAGACUUGCUUUUGGGUCUAAAAGAAAAGGUACCUAGAAUGACAACUGCAGUCUAUAACUGUGUUAAUCGGUAUUAUAAGGAGCAUAUGGGAAUGGAUAUCAGUACUGCCACACUGAAGAUGAAGAAUAUGAUGCAGAAGAAUGCUGAUGAAGCAUAUGCAUUUGCUGUAAAAGAAAUAGAUGCAGUAGAUGCUCAGCUUCGCACAGCUGCCAAUGAGGCCUCUGGCAAAUAUCAGGAGAUGAAGGUCAAAGCUAGACAGUUAUAUCGAAGAGCAGCAAGUCAAGCUGAGCAAUUUGACUAUCAAAGACUAAAAGCAAAGCUUUUGGAUGCUACCAUUGACAUAAUAGAAGAAUACCACAAAAGAAUAAAACAUCUAAUUGACUCAGUCAUUGAAUUCCUGAAGAUCACAAAAUUCCAGGUCCCUGGGCUGACUGAAAAGUACACUGGUGAAGAAUUGUACCUUAUAACUACAGAGAAAGCAGCAAAAACUGCUGAUUUUUGUCUUUCAAAACUUCAAGAGUACUUUGAUGCUUUGAUUGCAACAAUCAAUGAGAUGGAAGUCAAAGUUCCUUCUUCUGAAACAAUUCUCAAAGGACGUAAUGUACUUGAUCAAAUUAAAAAAAUGCUGAAACAACUGCAGGAAAAAAUCAGGCAGACAUUUGCUACUCUUCAGGAAGCUGACUUUGCAGGAAAGCUUAAGCAACUGAAACAAAGAGUGCAACAAGUUUUCCAGAAGGCAGAAGAAAUGAUUAGAAGCUUGCAAUCUAAAAAUUUUGAAGACAUCAAAAUCCAAACCCAACAGCUGUACAAAGAUGCAAUGGCUUCAGACUAUGCACAAAAACUGAGAUCACUGGCUGAAGAUGUUAAAAAAUACAUUUCUCAGUUGAAAGCUUAUAGCCAAAAGACAGUCCAGGAGCUUUCAGAAAAGUUGCACCAGCUGCUCAUCUACGUCAAAACAUUGCGGGAAGAAUAUUUUGAUCCAACUGCACUUGGAUGGUCAGUUAAAUACUAUGAAGUGGAAGACAAAGUACUAGGAUGGCUGAAGAAUCUCAUAGAUACACUGGUGGAUUGGCACAAGAAGUAUGUUGGGGAUCUUGCUGACUCAGUUACACACCUGACAGAACAAGUAAGAGAAAUGGCGGAAAAAUACAGUCAGGAAUAUUAUGACCUUAUUGCUGAUGUUGAAGAAAAAGGAAAACAGAAAGUCAUGGAGCUCUCAUCUGCUGCCCAGGAAAAAAUCCGAUAUUGGUCUACAGCUGCUAAAAGGAAAAUUAAUGAAUAUAACAGACAAGUCAAAGCAAAACUUGAGGAGAUGUAUUGGCAACUUAGUAAUUCCCAAGAAAAGCUAAUUAGUGAAGCCAAAAAAUUAAUUGAUCUAACUAUAGAAAAUUACUCUGCAUUGGCGCAAUAUAUCGCUGAGCUUAUUCGCUGGUUAGAGCAAAUGACGGCAAACAGCAUAAAACCAUAUAUAGCUGUUCGGCAAGGAGAGCUUAGAAUAGAUGUGCCAAAACCAUUUGAUUUGGUGGAGUCCAUUUACCAAGUGCCCCAAAAAAGCAAAGAGGAACUCAGAAAAAAAAUGGAACUAACACGCACGCUGAUUCAACAAGGCAUUGAGCAAGGCUCCAGGAAAUGGGAAGAAAUGCAAAGAUUUAUUGACGAACAACUUGCCACUGAGCAACUGAGUCUUCAACAGAUUGUGGAAAAAAUAAAGGAGCACCUGAAGACCUGAAUGGACAUGGAAAAAAGUGAAAAAUUAUGAGUUUGUACUACAGUAUAUUUAAAGAUAACAGCAAUCAGCAUAUUGGAACUUCAGGUAGAUACUGUUGAAUCUGAAUUUGUAAAUGAAAACUGAAUAAUCUACAGUAGGUUAUUUUAAUAAGCUUAAUAAGCCAAUAAAUGAAUUCUUUAUUACAUUCUUGUGUCAUUUAUUGCAGGUAGUUUUACUUGGACCAUACAGCUUAA